UUCUGGGAAGACCUUGAAUUGGACCACCAGACCAGAACCAGAACUCGAUCCAGAAGAAACCAGAAGAGGAUUUCAGGAGGAGCUGUAGGGAACUGGAAUCAGAACCAGCGGACCGGCUCACAGUCUGGACUUUGACCCGGCUGAUACUGCAGCAGAUAAAAGAUCCGAUCGGACUGGAGCCGCCGCAGUCGAUGCUGGACGCUCCAGGUACACCGGCAGAACUCGUCAGUUUGACCCGGCAGCAGAACCCGGUUAUUGGGUCCAGAAUGGGUUCUGGCCCGCUGUGUCUGCUCCUGCUGCUGAGCGCAGCUCUGGCACAGGAUGUGGAGGAACCAGCUUCAUGUCAGAUGGCUUCCAGAUUUAAGGUCCAGAGGAAGUACGUGUAUCAGUACAGCGCAGAGGGCCGGAACGUAGCGCCGGGGUCUGCUAGCCUCCAAAAUGGGCCUAAAGUCACUUGUGAGGUAGAGAUUGAAGUCCCCCAGAUGUGCAGGUUCAUCAUGUACACCAGAGAUUGCACCGUCAGCGAAGCGUCCGCCACAGACGCUCGGGCUGAGGCGGCCUACGACCCGGCACCCGGCUCCGACACCUUCAGAGCCGUCAUGGAGAGGAGUCCGCUGAAGGUCAGCGUCCACUCAAACGGCCGUGUGGAGCUUUACCCCAAGGCGGACGAGUCCAUCAACAUCCUCAACAUCAAGAGAGGCAUCAUUUCUGCAUUCCUGGUUCCCGUCAUGGAGGAUGGACGGACUGGUCUGGUGAGUUCGGUCCAUGGUCGCUGUCUCACCACAGUCACGGUUCAUUCCAGGCAGGAUGUUGCCACAGACGCCAGUGUUUCCAGAGAUCUGUCCCAGUGUGACCAGUUCUACGGCAGGACUAUCACCAGCAGCCCAGUGGCUCUGCUGCAGCAGCUGCACAACCCCAUCUCAAAACUCAUCAGCAGCACCCAGAGCUGCAGAUACCAGUUUGAUAACAGAGGAACACACAUCACCGCUGCCAAAUGCACCGAAAAGCACAGAUACCUGCCGUUCUCCAGCGGAGACAACGGGAUCUCAUCAGUGGUGAUCCAGGAUCUGAGCCUUCAAAGUGUAAAAAGGAGCAGUAGCAGAAGAUUUGAUGCAGACCCCCUGCAGGCACAGCCUCUCCACUUUGAUAAACCAGAAGACAAAACUCCAGUCCAGAUGAAGGACGCCGUUCUGGGCACCCUGAGGGAGCUGGUGGCGCUAGCGAGCACAGAUCAGGGUCAGAAACGGACCACCCUUUUCCAUAAGCUGGUGUCCAACCUGAGAGUCCUGAGGAACGAGACCCUCAGCCAGACGGUUGCUGAGAUGGUCCAAGUGUCCAACUGGCUGACCUUCCAGGCCCUGUUCCAGUGUGGAACCUCAGAGUGCACCAGCGCCAUCAUGCAGGUCAUCUGGACCAUUGACGGGGUCUCUCUGGAGGUGGAUGCUCUGGUGUACGCGCUAGCUCUGCAGGCCAAUCCGGAUGCAGCACGUGUGAGAGACAUGCUCAGCAUGGCUCAGUACAAACAGAGCAAAGCCAUCAUGUUCGCUCUGGCAAACACAGUGAGAAAGUUCUAUAAGGGAGAGGUUACUCCAGAGAUCACUGAGGUGUCAAAGUUCAUGGAGACAAUCCUAAACGACUGCUCAGAGGAAAUAAGGGAUCCUGACCGGGACCCCGCUCCAGAUCCCACGGAGGAGGCCUUCCUGGUCCUCAGGGUUGUUGGUGUUAUGGGUCGGGCCAUGCAAGACGUCAGUCCAUCACUCGUCUCCUCGAUUUUGCGAUGCAUGAAGAAACCAGAUGUUCCCUUAUCCAAUCAAAAGGCAGCUAUCCAGGCCUUCAGGCUGAUGAACAUUACUACUGAGAUUCGGCGCUCCCUGCUGGAGGCGUACCAGGACCCUCAGAGUCCUGCUGACAAACGCCUGGCAGCGUACCUGGUGCUGAUGAAGGAUGCCGACUCCGGCCUCAUCAGGGAGAUCUGCAGCGGCCUGCUGGGCGAGAAGGAUGAGCAGCUAAAGAGCUUUGUGCUCUCCCACCUAAACAACAUCCAGAACUCUGAUGACGAGAAACCAGAACUCAGACAGCUUAUUGGGGCAGCUCUGCAGGACAAACCAUCAUCCACCGACACCAUGUUUAAUGGGUUGUCCAAGAACUACAUGCUCAGCUCCCCGCUGGGUUCGGUCCAGAGCAACGUCAUCUUUGACAGCGGGAACACGCUGCCCAAGGAGAUGAAGCUGAAGGCUUCUCUGAAGGCCUACGAUGGCAGCUUUGAUAUGUUUGAGGUUGGACUUGAAGGAGCAGGAUUUGAGCCAACAGUCGAGGCUCUUUUUGGGGAGAAGGGUUUCCUACUCGAAUCUUUCUCCAGGCUGAUGAGGUUUGUAGGCGACAGAGCUCCGAUGCUCCGAGGAGUUCUGGACAGGAUUUCCCCUGGUCCAGGCAGAAAGAGGAGACAGGUCCCAGAAGUCCAUCUGAAAGCAAUCAAAGACAGUUUCCAGCGGCUCCUUUAUGACGUUCGGAUCUCUGCGGCUCCUGAAGCUACUGCCUUCCUCCGGUUGCUGGGCGAUGAAAUAGGAUAUAUGAAGACGAGUGAAAUGAGAAAAAUGUUUGAGACUCUGUUCAUGUACUACCAUGUCUUCAUCAGAGUACUACCUGCACAGGCCUUCUCCAAACUGACCUCCAGCACCGAAAACGAGAUGUUUCUCCACUACAUCUUCACGGAGACUUGCUUCUCUCUCCCCACUGCCUCUGGUUUUCCUCUCAAGUUCUCCUUGUCUGGAGUGUUUGCCGCCGGCGCCAGAGGAGGCCUGACCCGCUCCACAGUGACCGGCGUGUCCUUCAUGCCUUCAGGAGGGCUGGAGUUCAUCACCCAUAUGGGCGUUCACCUUCCAGACUAUGUGGACGCAGGAACUGAGAUGCUCACUAAUCUCUACCACGAGAGCUCAUUUCAGGCCAAAGUAACUGUGAAGAAGAACCAGGUUGAACUGUCCAUCCCUGCUCCUAAGUCCAGCCAUCCGCUGCUCAGCAUCAGCAACAAGCUGCUGUCCAUCUCAUCCGGACAAACUAAGCCGGUGCCAUCUCUGGUGGAGAACCGGGUUGACCACUCUGACUGCCAGCUUCUGCUUAAAGGACUCAACCUCUGCACAGUGGUCAGCUACCCCAAUGCUUCCUCUGUGGAAGAGACGCCUUCCUUCCCUCUGACUGGAGACACUAUGUUUGCAGUUGAACUCCAGCCCACAAAGAAAGUUUCCGGAUACACGGCCUCCAUCAGCGACGAGACUCUGCGGGAGGGCAGAAAGGGCCUACACAAAGUUCAAUCCCUAAAGCUCACCCUGAGGGCAGAAGGUGAAGAGUCAACGGAGGCAACUGCAUCUGUCAAGUACAACCAGAAUAAAAACACCUUUUCCGCUGAGCUGCUCAUUCCUGACUGUGGUGUGGAGGCGACAGUGAACCUGGCUGUAACCCGGACAGAUGGAGACGGGCGGAAGACGAGAGGCUUCAGAAUUGACGUGACCAACAGGAACGUCACCCGGUUCUCUCUAACAGGACGUGCCAGACAUGAAAUGAUGAAAGAGGUCAUGAUGCAGCUCCAGAUGGACAUCCCGUCUCUGCAAACGGAUGCAUCCGUCACUGCAACCCUGAAAAAUGAGGAGAAUGUGCUGAUGGACUUGGAAUCAGUCCUUCACCUCCCUGCAGCUUCAUACCAACAGAAAGCUUCUCUAAAAUAUGAUGAAGAUAAAGUCCAGCUGGAACUGAAAACAGACCUGGCUGCAGAGAUCAAAAAGAUGAUUCCACAUGCAGAAGACCGUCACAUGCAGCUCCAGAAGCUCAUCGAUGAUAUGUUGGAGCAGAAAGUUGCAAAGACUGACAUGAAGUUGCGUCAUAUAGUCAGCAAAGGGAUUGAGGCAGGAAACAACUGGCUGGACAAACUGACGGCUCACUUCCCCUCUCUUGCAAAUCUUCGAAGUAAGAGGAGCAUCUCAGACCUCAUGCUGCCAGCCCUGCCUGAGAAACUCUUCCUGCAGUCGGACAGUUUGUUUCGAUACCAGUUCAACAAAGAAAAGGCAAUCAUCAGUCUCCCUCUUCCACUUGGAGGCAAAACAUCAGAGGAGCUGAAUUUUCCAAAGACUUUGUCCUUUCCAGUCAUAGAGUUACCUCAGAUUGGAUUACAUAUCCCAGCUAAAAAGUUUGUACUCCCAUCAUUCAGUGUACCGACCUCUUUGGAUCUCCCAAUUCCUCUUCUCGGACUGGCUGAAGCAUCGACCAAGAUCCACAGCAACUUGUACAGCUGGGAAGGGUCGAUCUCUGGAGGCAACAGCACUGUGGAUAUUCCUAGCUACAUAGCACAGUACAAGGCUAUGGCUCAGUCCCCAAUACACUUACUGUCAUAUAAACUUGAAGGGAUUGGGAUGAUAUCAGGAAGAGCUGAAGAUAAUCUCAAGUAUCUUCUCAACUGUUCUGUCAGCCACAUCUUCCUUGAUAGCAGCAUCAGCAUCACGGAAACCUUAAGAGUGACGGAGAAACUGAACGCUCAAGCCAAUUACAAGUUAGAGGCCUUCAGUCCGUUAGGCCUUGAAACCUCUCUCCACUACUCUGCUCAGUCCACUUCUACUCUGAAUUCGGAUGAAGUUUCAGGAGAUGGUGAUCUUACUGGACUACUCAAAAUAGCUUCUUUUCACACCAACACCUCUUAUAGCCACAGCUACAAUCUGUGUCCUCUGGCUCGAGAAGGAAGAGGAGAGUCCAUCUUACGCUUUGACUCUCCCUUCAUCCAGUUACAAAAUGUGAUCCGAGGACUUUAUGCAAACUCUGAGUUGAAUGUUGUAUCCAAAACUAGUACCCAGAGAGAUGUCUUCAAGCAUGUUGCAGAGCUCAAGUACAAAGAUGCACAACUAUCCCUGAAGUCCAAGGCUGUUGGGUUGGCAUUGGGGAAAUCUCUAAAUAACAAUGUUGAGCUUGGUGCAUCAAGCCAGAUGUUGAUCAUCAGAAUUGAGUCUCAGGCAGAUGAUGACAACAGUCGGGCUUACUCACUCAUAACUGGAUCCCUAGAUUCAAACGGGAUGGAGGUUAACUCUGAAGGCUCCCUCACCUUUGAAGUGGGUCGGGCUUUGCAUAAAGCAUCUGUAAGAGCUGGAAGAGAUGGUCUAAGCUUCAGUGAAAUCAACAACAUUCAGUGCAGCCCUGUCACAGUAGAGAACAUCUUUGAUGGUGCAAUUGAUGUCAGUGGAGCAUCUUAUUCCUCAACUACCAAAGUGGUGGUUGAGGAAGGCAGAGGAGAACUUGGAUUUGGAGGUAAAAUCACUCCUUCAGAGGUUUCUUUAUAUGGUGACCUUAAGGGUCAUGCUUACGAUGCAGCCACAGCAAACAGCAUGAAUGUUGUGCUGAACAGAAGGGCCCUGACUUUCUCUGGUAACAUGAAGGGAACCCUGAGGGAGAUGUCGACAGAAAACAGUCAUAAAUUGACCCUCACUCUCUGGACUUUAUCCCUCCGCUCCAAGACCGAGAACUUCAUCUGUGAAGAUCAUUACUACAGGCAAAACCUCAAGAUUGAUGCAAAACCAUUCAUUCUGGGAGUUGACUUCAACAACAAACUCAGAUUUUACGACUUCAAUUUGGACAAGGAAGGCCACAUGAAGCUUGAGCCCCUUAAGGCAGAGCUCCGGGGAACACUGAAUGGAGCUUUCAGAGAAGAAGAAAAUAUCAAACACACCUAUGAACUCACCUACAAAGAUUGGUCAGGUUCAAUGAAGUACAGUACAUCUGGAAACAUAAUGGAUGCACAUUUAAGUCAUAGCUGCGAACUUGAAUUUGCUGGACUUUCCUCCAACUCAAAGUGUGAGGCGAAGUUAAGAUCUGAACCUUUACGUUUCAGUGGACACCUUCACAUCCAGGCAUUACCUUUUAGUCUGGCUAUUGAUUCAUCUAUGGACAGUGCUGGAGAACUAAGUCUCCAUGGGAAGCACAGCGGAGAGCUUUUCAGCACGUUAUUGGUUAAAACCACCCCACUAGCUCUUGGAUGGUCACAUGACUGUCGGGUAUCGACCACUCACAGACUUUCUGCUAGAGAGUCUUCAACUAGCUUCAGCAACAAGUUUGAAGGUCUGUUAACUCCAAAAGGCCAAUCUUUGGACUGGAAAGUCAACUCCGCAGUGAACAACCAUGCCUAUGAGCAGAGUAUCAGUGCUUACAAUGAUCCUGAGAAGAUUGGACUUGAGUUAUCAGGAGUGGCCCUAACAGACCUUCUCAGCAGACACGAGAGGUCUAACUCAGAACCACAAACAUUCAGUAUGGCUGGCUUCCUAAAGUACGACAAAAACAGUGACUGUCAUAUUAUUGAGAUCCCGUUCAUUGAGAGCUUUCCUGCUGCUUUUGAGCACUUUAAGAUGACGUUCAUCCGAGCUUUAGAAUCCCUCCGACAGCUACUAGAGAAAUUAAACAUCAAUCAGAUCAUCACUGACUUCAGAGCCAACUUGGAUCAGCUGCCAAUACGAGUGAAGAGAUUCAUGAGAAAUCUUGACUUAGAGAACAAAGUUGAUAAAAUAAAAGAAAGACUUGAUUACUUGAUUAAUGAGUUCACUGUAACAAUGGAUGACUUGGAGGUUGGUGUGAGCAAUAUGAGACAGAUCUUAGAAAAAAACAUUGUAGACAUAGUUACAAAGGUACAUGACUUCAUCUCUGCAUCGAAGGAGUUCAUCAAUGCUGGGCAUCUGACUGAUAAAAUAACAACAGUAUUUUUGUAUGCUGGAGAUCAGCUUCAGGCCUUUGAUGCAAAAUACCAAAUUAAGAUGUGGCUCGUGAGAACACUUGAUUUCAUGGAGGAUGUCAUCAGACAAAUAGACUUCCGGAAGCUCGGGGAAAGCCGUGCAGGAUUCCUGCAUAAUCUUGAUACAAAAUACGACAUCCUGGCGACAAUCAGGGAAAAGCUGUCUGAGAUGAAAAAUAACUUGGAGGAUUUCAACUUUUUCCAGUUUGUGGAAGUUGUGAAGAACUUCCUGUUGUCAUUUGACUGGGCUUCAUAUGUGGACCAGCUUUCCUAUCAAAUCCCAGUGUCAGAGAUAGCAAGAGUGAUGGAAUCAAUGAAUGAGGUAAUCAUCAACUGGAUUGAUGAAUAUGAAAUCCCCAACAAGCUAAAUACAGUAUACACCUACAGCAAAGAUAUUCUUUUAAAAUAUGAAAUUGAUGAUAUUUUCAAGGACCUAAUGGAUCAAGCAGUGAUUCUUAUUAGAGAAUGGAAGAUUGAAGAAACUGUGCAGUCAAUUGUUACAGCUCUAAAAUCCAUCAAACUUGAGAUGAUUUACAAUAAAAUGUUGAACUGUCUACACAGUGUAAUAGACAAGAUUAGAGAAAUUGACUUUAAAAACAGCAUUGAUGACCUUAAUGAACGCAUCUCCUCAAUAGUUGAAUCAAUGAAGGCUUUUGACUACAGCUCAUUUGUUGAUGAAUCAAAUAUUAAGAUUGUUGAGCUGACAGAUUACCUGAACAAUGAAAUCAAUAAGUAUGAGAUUGUGAAGAAGAUUGAGGCUGUUAGGAAGUUUUUCAGAGAAAUUCAAAAUUCUAUCUAUACCUAUCUGGAUGAACUGAAAAACACCAAAGUGGCCGAUGCCUUGAAGAAGCUGAAGGAUGUGAUUGACAGUGCAUUUUACAAUGACGUCAAACUGAAAGUUCAGGACAUUCUGGAGGACAUGAAGCAACGAAUUGUAGACAUGGACAUUAGAGAUGAAAUUCAUAUCUAUCUCCAGAGAGCAAGUGACUCCUAUGGAAACAUGGUCACCUUCUUUUCUGCUCAUUUUGAUGGACUCAUGGAGUGGAUGAAGUCAUUGGCUAGUGAUAAGGUUGUUGACCAGAUAAAGCAGAUGGUGGAAAGAAUUCUGGAGCAAAUCAAAAGAGCUGACAUCGAAGUCUCCACUUUUACCGUCCCUCUUACAGACUUGGAAAUACCAGGAUUCACCAUCAACCUCAAUAAACUGCAGGAAAUCACCAUUCCAGCCCAAAUAUCAGUACCUGAAUUCACCAUCCUCAGGUCAUGUACCAUCCCUGCUUUCAUCAUAGACUUCAAUGACAUCAAGACCAAGCUAGUGGCAAUCAUUGAUGACAUCCGCGGGUUUCAGAUCCAAAUGCCUCAACUGGAAGACAUCUUUGGCAACUUAAAAGUUCUUUACCUGCCUGAGCUGCCAGACAUCACCUUCCCAGACAUCGUUCUUAUUGAAAUAACAUUUCCAGAUAUUAGCAUUCCCAAACUAAGUGUCCAGGACUCAGGGAUGAAAAUGCUUACAAUUCCCGAUGUGACAUUUCCAGUGAUUCCCACUGACAUUUGCUUCCCAGUGUUUGGAAAACUCCAUGGACAAUUUAAUCUUUCUUUUCCAAAGUAUUUUCUUAUUAACAAAUUCAAAAUUGAGAAUUCUACUACAGAUUUGUCAAAUCCAAAGUUCACAGCCAUAUUUACUUCUCAUGCUAAAUCACCAGUCAAAGUCUUGGAGCACAUCUUUGAAGUCGAGUCUCAGCUGGAGGCUCCAAGAAUGGAGAGCCUUCAAUUCACACAGACCUUGAAAGCUACACAUGUUGCCUUCUCAGUUGACCACGAAGGCUCUCUGGCUCUUCCUAGUUCUCCUGCAGAGAGUUUUGCCAAGUUUACCACAAUAGUCACCACUCAGUUUUACACAGCUGACCUGCUUGGUAGUGUAGCUCUAUCACUGGAGAGUGGAGUAUCUGCAGUAAUAGAAACAUCUUACAAUCACAAACUGGACAUCCCAACACUAGAAGCUUCCAGUCAGGCAUCACUGAAGCAAAGCUUGACAGCAAAAAUGGACCCCAUUGGGGUUACUGUGACUGGUGAAACUAGUGGUACUGGGAAGUGGUCCAUUCAAGACUUCUUUGAUGAAGGUACCCACAGAACUAAUGUAGAAUUGAAAGUUGACUUUAACACAGCAAAGCUGACAUGUGUAGGAGACAUAGACUACCAGGCUUUCAAGUCAAAGCACACACUGACUGUUGACUCAACCCUCUUAAGCCAUGUUGCUGUAAAAGCUCAAUGUGAUUCCAAAACACCGUUUGUGAAAAACAGCGUUCUGUUUUUAAAAGGAGAGGCUGAAUUUGCAGACCUGAAUGCUGCACUAAUAGUCUCCCAUGAGGCUGAGCUCACUGGAGGUCUGGCAGGAACCAUGUCCAACUCCUGGGAGUUUAGAGCCCAGCCAUUUGAGAUUAUUGUUGAUGUUAAGAACAAGGUGAUCUCCAAAGUUUUGCUCCCCCUAAAACUCACCGGUAAGGUUGACCUUGAGAAUGAUUAUGGUGUUGUGAUAAACUCGGAGAGGCAGAGCGCAUGUUGGUUUGCUUUAGUCAGAUUCAAUCAGUACAAAUACAGCCACAACCUUACAGCACUAAACAAUGAGAAGAACAUCUACAUCCAGUCCAGAGCAGAGGGAGAGGCUGAUUUGGAGUUUCUGAUCAUUCCUCUCUCUAUCCCAGAAAUGACUUUACCUUAUUUCCAAAUCCAGACCCCAGAGCUUAGAGACUUUUCUCUGUGGGAAGAUGCUGGCUUGAAAUCCUGGCUUAUCAACCCCCAACAGUUAUUUGACAUGGACCUGAAGUUCCAGUAUCACAAGAACCCAGACUCACACUGCUUUGAAUUGCACCUUGAACCAAUCUACAGUGCAAUCAACGACAACUUUGAAAUCAUCCAGGGUCGAUUUGAAGCUUGCAGAGACAAAGUGGUAACACUUCUGAAAGAUUCAUACCACGAAGCAAGAGCACAGUACAUCAAACACAAAAUCAACACGUCCAGUCUUCCUCCAAAGAUCUUCAGGGUCCCUGGUUACAAAAUUCCCUUUCUGGACAUCCAGGUUUCUGCUUUCAGAGCAGAGAUGCCAGCAUUCAGUUUCUUUGUUCCAAAGGAGGUCAGCACAGCAAGCUUCAGAGUCCCUGCUCUGGGAUUCUCUGUACCGUCCUACACCUUUGUGCUCCCAUCUCUCAGGCUUCCUAUCAUCCAUGUUCCAGAAACCUUGGGUGAAAUCAAGCUGCCCAGUUUCACCCUGCCAACUGUACAGGACAGUGUGGUGAUCCCAGCAAUGGGCAACAUCACCUGUGAUUUCUCCUUUAAGUCCACCAUUAUCACCUUGAAUGCUAACGCAGGCCUUUACAAUGAGUCAGACAUCAUUGCUCGCUUCAGUGCAUUGUCUGUGUCUGUGUUUGAUAUUCUGAAUGGAAAACUGAAUGGGACUACCUGUCUGACAAGGACAAGGGGAUUAAAACUGGCUUCCAUUAUCACUUUAGAGCACAGCAAUGUUCAGGGCAACCAUGAAUGUUCUGUUAGCCUCACCAAGAGGAGCAUGGAAGCUUCUGCAGCCAACUCUGUAAAGAUUCAACUUCCCUUCCUCCAAAUGGAAAUGAGUCAGGAUCUCAGUGGGAACACAAGAACCAAGUUGAGCCUUGUGUCCAAGAAAAAGCUGAGCUACAUGUUUAAUGUUCCCCAGAUUGCAUCUGCAGGCAAAGGAAGUGUUGACAUGACCUGGACGGUCGAAGCUCUGUCCUCUCAUGUGUUACUGGAAUCUUCUUUCUUCUUCAUGGAGUAUGAUCUCACUGCCUCUACAGUUGUUAGAUAUGACGACAAGCUGCUUCAGCUGAAUGGGAACGGCAGGUUGAGCCACAGGGAUGGAAGCAUGAACUGGCAGUAUGUGUUGGACCGUCCACUCAGAACAAAACGUGAACUCUCUCGAGGAGAUUCUGUGAACCGGGAGUCUCGUCACACCCUUGAUGUCGACAUCACCAGCCGGAUGUUCACAGACUUAAGUGUCCGUUGUGCCUCCCGUAAGGACAGCAUCACAGCGUCCGUGUGGUCUCCGUCUGCCGGCUUCCUGGGUAUUCACCUUCAGCGAAGAUCUCCAUCACAACUGCAGGGAAAAGUGUUCAGCAGAUAUCUGUCCACUCCUGGGCAGGACACCAACAUUUUCACUGCCAAAGCAUUGCUGAGGAACUCAGACAAGCUGGUCCUGCAGACGUCGUGGAGUUGGGACUCUGUCAACAAUCUGAUCACGGGUUUUAAGGACCGGAUCCCUCUAAUGACCAAUGCCCUGAUCAAGUUCCUCAACAAGUACCACACCUCACACUUUGGCUUCGACCUGAACCGAGGUUCUGUGAAGCUGAGAAACGCUGUGCUGAAUCUGUUAGACAAGAUUCACCAGGAGGUUCGGGCUUUCGUCAGCAUGAUGCAGGAUUCAGUCCAAACCGCAGCUGAUCGAGGAAAGAACGCCUAUAUGGAAGCUUCUGACAUCCUAAGGUUCACCAAUAUGGUGAAUCUUACAGACAUCCUGAUGGAUGAGCUCAGAAGUGGCCUAAAGCACACCUGGCACAGCACAGAAGUUCUGCUGUGUCCGGUCAGAGACUUCCUCGACAAUAAAAACUUCUCUGUUCCUGGAUCAGGGGAGAAGAUGUCCAUCAUGGAGAUGUUUUCCAGCGUCAUGAAGGGGAUUUAUGAGCAGAUCAGGUGGACGGCAUUCACCAUUCCCGGGACUGACGUUCUUCUUGAUGGAAACAAGAUCAUGGAGACUGUGAAGAGAGACUUAGCAGCUAUGACCUAUCAUGUCAUGGAGUUUCUUCAGAGGACCCUGAAAGAUGUGUUCCAGCUCCUUGCUGAAAAAGCAGAGCAUCUCCGUGUUUACGUAGAAGAUCAGAACCUGAAGGUUUCCCCACUGGUCCAAUUAGUUCACAGGAACAUCAGAACCUUCUUUAGACAGCACACAGACCAAGCACAGACAUUUGUCUCUGCAUACAAAGACCUUGUCCAAGUCAAGGUCCAUGAGGCUUACGAUGCCUUCAGCAUGGAGAGAGUGAACAGCGCCACCAAAGGUUUCAUCAGCACAUUACAGUCUAAUCUCUCUCAGACAGUUAGUGAGAGGCUGAACGUGAUGAAGACGGCGUCUCAGAGUGCUGCACCGUACAUCCGGAUGGGGAAGGAGAAGCUGGAUGUAGAAGUUCCUCUUCCUUUCCUCUGGAAGUCCUUUAGCGAAUGGCCGACUCUGCUCAGACCCUGAACGCCCAACCAAUCAUCAUCUAACCUUAAACCUCACAUCCAAGUUCCUCCAGGUCCCUGUUGGAUAGUGUUGGAUCCACCUGGUUCCUCCAGGAUCCUGCUGGUACAUUAUCAAUGUUUUUAUCUUUGGCGGAAUAAAUAAAUAGAAUGAUGAGAACA